UACGUUUGUACAAAGGCAACAUGUAUUCAGAGUACACAUGCACAUAUUUGUCACUCUCUUGUUUCAGUGGAAGAAAGCUGAUACGUGUUGCUAGAGAGAUGGCUGCUGCGGCUGUUAACGCUGGUAUUGCAUCUGCAGUCAUAGCUGGAGCCUCACUGGUCGGAACCAAUGUCGAAAAAAUCUCCAAGAGUAUAAACACUGAGAGAAAUGUUACUGUAAACAUAUGCAACUACAGUAAGAAAUACAUCCUGAGAAACCCGAGAGUGUACACUCACAGUGGAUAUAGCCAUGAUCCUCCUCAACCCACCAUCAGACAAAACACCACAGAGGCCUGUUCAUUCACCAAAAAUCCCAACAAAACAUGGGGUUGUGUGGGUGUCCUGACAUAUGACGUUGCCGACGAUGAGGACUGUCCUGCCAUCUGCUGUAUAGCCAUCAUGUUCUCUGUUCCUUACCACUACACGCAAUACCAAAACUGGUUCGCUCUGGGAAUUUUUGAUGCCAGCCAAUCCUGUGAUGAGUCUCUGUACAACAUGAUGUAUUACAACAGUGGCCCAUUCGUGAGAGAUGACUGCUCAGGGAGUGAAGUUAGAUUUGAGAAAAAUGGUGUUGAAUUGAAAGGAACCAUGUCUCCAAGAGCAAAAGCAAUAGCUAAAAUAGAACUGUGGGAUUAUUAGUUGAAAACUCCACUGUUUAAGAUAUGUUUGCUCCUCUCUCAGCACAUCUUUGGUGAGAAAUGAUGAAAAUAAAGUUGACUUAAUGCAGACAAAAUGGUUAAAAGAUGUGAUUGUGUGCUCUAAUGGGGUUACAAAUCUUUUAAAUAAAUAAAGUGAUUUGGAAGUUAAAUGUA